CCGAAAGAUGCACCCCCCGAAUGUCAGCUGAGAGGUCGAGUAUACAGUGAAGGCGACAGGAAAAACAACAAUAUUUUCACCCGCACAGACGCCAGUUUCUACGGUUUUGUUGGGUAAAUUGGAUCAAUUUAUCCAAGAUGCCGGCUCCUAUGCCCGUAGGAGCGCUGACGAUGGCGUCCUUUGCCCUCACUGCUGCUGUAAUAGGAAAUGCAUACUAUCAGAAGAAACAGUUUUAUCCUUCGGUUGUUUAUAUCACAAAAUCCAACCCCAGUAUGGCAGCAAUAUACCUCUUAGCCUUCACAAUGGUUAUACUGCUAGGAAAACUACUGAAGAAAGUAUUCUUUGGUGCACUCCGUGCAGCUGAGUUUGAGCACCUUAUUGAGCGAUCCUUUUAUGCUGUCACGGAGACCUGCCUCGCCUUUACUGUUUUUCGCGACGACUUCUCCCCCAAGUUUGUAGCACUGUUUACAGUGCUGCUGUUCCUUAAGACAUUCCACUGGCUGGCGGACUACAGGGUAGACUUCAUGGAACGCUCACCAGUCAUCACCCUGCUCUUCCAUGUUCGGGUCACAUGUUUGCUACUCCUCCUGAGCCUCCUAGAUCUAGUGCUGGUAAACCACGCAUAUCACUCAACCAUAACACGAGGGGCAUCUGUUCAGCUGGUGUUUGGCUUUGAGUAUGCAAUUCUCCUUACCGUGGCUCUAAACAUUGGAGUUAAAUAUGUGUGUCACACAGUAGAUUUGCAGUCAGAGAACCCGUGGGAGAAUAAGGCUAUGUAUCUGUUGUAUACAGAACUUUGUAUGGGAUUUGUCAAGGUUGUUUUGUAUGCUGUGUUCAUGAUCAUCAUGAUAAGAAUACAUACUUUCCCACUGUUCAUCAUAAGACCCAUGUACCUGACCAUGAGGUCAUUCAAACGAGCCCUGAACGACGUGAUUCUUUCCCGCCGUGCCAUUCGCAACAUGAAUACACUAUACCCUGAUGCCACUCCAGAGGAACUAAGAGCUGUGGAUAACGUUUGCAUCAUCUGUAGGGAGGAAAUGCUAACAGGAGCCAAGAAACUUCCCUGUGGCCACAUAUUCCAUGCCUCUUGCCUCCGCUCAUGGUUCCAGCGUCAGCAGACCUGCCCUACUUGCCGCAUGGACAUCCUGAGACAGCCCCCUCCUGCUCAAGGUGGUGCAGCUGGUGCUGCAGCAGCUGCCCGGAAUGCCCAGCAACCCCCCACCCCACCUGCUCAGCCACAGACACCUCAGCCACAGCAGCAACAGCGUCAAGCUCAGCAGCAGAUGCCCAAUCCAUUUGCUGGCCUCUUUGCGGGAAUGCCUAUGCCAGUUGGCCCUCCUCCUGUAGGUCUGCCCCCCUUCCCAUUUCCUCCUAUGCCUAUGCAUCAGGCUCAGCAACAGCAAGCAGCUGCUGCCUCAGCUUCUGCAUCCACAACAGAAGCAGGAACAAGUUCCUCUACCACUACAACCUCUACGAGCACAUCAUCCUCAGCAAGCAGCACAGGCCAGGCUGGAGGAGCCAUCCCCACUGCUCCAUUCAACAUGCUGCCUCCACUCUUCCCUCUCCUGCCCUUCAACAUUCCUCCACCACCUCCUCCAUUAAAUUUUGCCGCCAUGACAGAGGAUGAGGUCCGCCAGCUGGAAGGCAACGAAAGGCAACAUGUCGAGGCCAGGAUCAAGGUCUUGAGGAACAUCCAGACUCUUCUUGAUGCAGCUGUUGUUCAGAUGAACCAGUAUGCAUCAGUUGUUGCAUCGCUAGACAUGAACAGUCAGUCCAUACCAAGGAAUGCUACACCGCAACAGGCAGGAGCAACAGAGUCUGCAUCAGCACCGGAGCCUAGUUCGUCACAGGCAGCAGAGCCUAUGGUGGGUGCAGCAGCAGACAGAGCAAACUCAAGAGACCCAGAUUCCUUAAAGGAGGCAACUUCAGUAACCUCUAAUGAUGAAGCAGCCAGAAGUGAAGUGACAUCAUCAACCUCUGUAGCUGCCAGUCCGUCUUCCUUGUCCAGUACCACCACAACUUCAGCCUCUGCAGACACCUCAACCCCAGAUGAAUUGCACCCUGACAGCCCACAGGAAAUCCGGAGGCGGCGUCUAGAGAGGUUCACCCAGAACACUUAGGGUCUGCAGCACUUUUCAUAGAAAUAUGUUUUUUCUUUUUUUUUUUUCUUUUCUUUUCUUUCUUUUUCUUUCUUUCUUUCUUUUUGUCAUCAGUCUGCACACAUGAGACAUGGGACAAGACUGUACAUUAAGGGAGAGGAUUGGUGUGGAUGGAUUUUCUUCUUUGUUUCAUAAUUUUGGAUUUUGCUAUUGAAUAUUCAAUUCAGAAUGGCCCUCUAGUUUCCUGAUAUUGUUUUUCACGUACAUAUGUAUUAAUAUAUGAGAGGGUUGGUGUGUUGGUGAAUUAGUGAUAUGUCUCAAGUUGGGGUAAUGUAUAUCAAAAUUGUCUAUUUUUCUUAGGGUGGACACUGCUGCAAUAUUAUUUAGAAGGAAUGUAGGGGAGGGAACAUACAUUCUAAGGCUGCACAUAUGAGGUGAUUACAUGUUUUUUAUAAAUGAAUAAAUAUAUAUCUAUAUGUAUAUGUAUAAAUGUACGUAGGUUUCUACUAAAAAAACAAGAACACAAGCAAAGACAUACACAUGUACACACAGAUACAAAUGGACACUUUGUGCAUAUACAGUAUAUAGUGAGGUUUAUUUAUUUUGCCGUAUGUACUCUAAAUAUUUCCUAAAGUGAUUGUCGUAAUGGAUUGGUAGAUUUUUUUGGGGGGAAAAUCAUGCAUAUUGUUGAAUGAUUUAUAAAGGCUCACUCAUUCUUUGAUAUUUUUUGAAUUUUUUAUUUUUUAUCAUGCAAAUACUCCUGUUAUACCUACAGCUACAACUACAGUGAAUGAAUUUGUAUAUGACAGAGCAAGUGUGUAUGUCAAUAUGUUUGUGUAGUUUGUAUGAAUGUAUGUAUAUGUGUUUAUGUGUAUAUACAUGCAAGCAUGCAUGCAUAGUUGUGGCUGUAGUGAUCAUUAUAACAGUAAGAAAAAUAUAAGUAUUAUGAGUAAUCUUGAGAGUUAAAUUCCAUCCACAAACUUAAGAUUUUGUACAUAAUUGAAAGAAGUGUAAAUGUAAUAUAAGUAUUUGAGUUAUGUAAGGAGAGCCUCUGACUGGCCAUAUGGGUACUUGUUGAGUUUGUACCCUGUUUGGUGGUGAAAACAUUGUUUUUCCACAAUUUUCCAUUCCUAUAUUCUAUAGAAAAAAAUGUUAAAUGGCAUACAUGAAUUUCUUUUCUUCUUUUUAUGGUUCAUGUUUUUUGUUCAUUCAUUUCACUUAUAGUAAGGAAUAAUGGAACUCUGCAGAAUGUUUAUUCCAUUUAUUUCUCUUUUUUGUUUUACGAAGGUUGUCACCAAGAAUUUUUUAGGGAAAGUAAAGUUGUCCCAUAAAAUCUAUUCCAGUUAGGAUGUUGACCAUCUUAUUUGACCCUUUCUAACUAACUUUAUGCACUUGUAUUGCAGUUCUUUCAGACAUACAAGCAAGCUCAGUUGUGGAAGUGUGUAUAGGUUCUUACCAUGCCGGACUUGGCCCUCUUGCUGCCCUUCACUACAUGAUCAUUUUUCCAUUAUGAUGUGCUUUUUUCAUUAUUUUCACACAUUAUUUUCACCUCUAAAGACAUGUUAAUUCAGUGAAAGCAGUCUGUUCACUCUAAUAUUCAUAUAUUGUUUGGCUAAUAUCUUAGAAAGGACAUGCAGUUUCCUUGUUUAAACAAGAAAAAAAAAUUAUAUUCUGCACUAUAUUUUGCUGUCUGUUCCCAACAACUUCACUUGAUUAUAUAUUUUUUUCAUAGGAAACAAAUGGCUAGAUUUUGUUUUCAUUUUCCAUAUAUGUAUAUCUUCAAACAAAAUUUGUGAAAGAUUGGAUAUCUUCUUUUCUUGAUUUGUCUACAUAUUUUGAACUGAAUGAACUUGAAGCUUAGCAUAUUGUAAUACAUGAGGCAACGGGUUUGCAUUUAUUUAUAUUAUUUUCAUUCCGUUUUAUUUUUCUCUUUAUUUUUGUCCUUAUUCUUGGUCUUUCUCUUAUGUUUUAUUUUCACCUCUCUACUGUAUUUAAUUUGAAAUAGUAAAAUUGAUAAUGUAAAAAUUGCCAAGAGAGACACUCUUUCAGUGUCUUUACUGAAGCACUCCAAAGUCAGACCUAGCUAAGUCAGGCAGGUCCCUUUCUGCGAAGAGAGAUUUAAAUGUCAGAUGUGUAUAAACUGUGUGAAGUUUUUGACGGAAAUCUCUCUGUGAUGACAUAUAACUCCUCCAUUACCAUUCCCCUUCUUUUGUUUUUCUCUAUUCACAAUAAGUGUCAAAAUCAUAAUGUAUAUAUUGUGCAUGAUAUUUGGAUUCUUUAUAACUUGCAACAUCAUGAAUGCUAUCAUUUGCUGUCAGACUUUUGUUACAGUUCUGGAGAAUAUAUGUUCAAAAAAUAUAUUUAUUAUCUGUGAAAAACAC